CCGCCCCCGCCUCCGAGCGAGCGGGGCCUGAGCGCUCCCGGGGGCGCGCUGCCGCGAUGGGGAAGGCGGCAGGCGACGAGGCUUACUUCCAGAGGGGCAGUCUGUUCUGGUUCACGGUCAUCACCCUCUCCUUUGGCUAUUACACGUGGGCUGUCUUCUGGCCUCAGAGUAUUCCUUACCAGAGCCUCGGGCCCCUGGGCCCCUUCACUCAGUACCUGGUGGACCAUCAUCACGCCCUCCUGCGCAAUGGAUUUCAUCCGCAGAUAACCAUCACCUUAAACCUGGCUGACUUCUGUUCCAGGUACUGGCUUGCCUGGCUGAUUCACGUGGGAGAGUCCUUGUAUGCCAUGGUAUUGUGCAAGUCUAAAGGCAUCACGAAUGGUCAGGCUCAACUGCUCUGGUUCCUGCAGACGUUCCUCUUUGGGAUAGCCUCCCUCUCCAUCUUGAUCGCUUACAGACCAAAACGCCAAAAGCAAACUUAAAGAAGGUACCCAACCCUUUCCCUGCACUGACAUCCAGCCUCACUCUUGUCUGAGGAUGGUGUGCUUACUCCACCUUUCUGUUUUCUGGAAAGUUACGCCCCUCUAGUCAGUCAUUAUCUCAUAUUCUCUGGUUGGACUUGAGUAGAUAAUAGGAAAAGGUUUUAUCUUUCCAAUUCUGCAGACUAACCUAUUUGGCAGAGUACUUCCAGCUACCUCUCUCUCUGCCACCUGGUUUAAGCCACGUACUAACUUUGCCUGUUGGUAUACCUGUGCUCCCACCUUUUGACUAACACACCUUACCCAUACCACCUCCAUCUUAGCUGAUUAGUGGUUGCUUUUUGGUAAGAUAAAAUAUUUUAGAGUUAAUGAAUGGAAAUCCAACUCAGAUUUUGUAAAAGCAUGGUCCUUUCCAAGGGAAAUAAUGACAGUAGUAUUAAGGGUGCCGGGAACAAUAUGGUGCAUUAUUGAAUGAAACGGAUUAACGAAUAAAAUACUGUGAAUUUUCUCUCCAUUCAAA